AUGUUGGCCCCUAAUCAGCAUCAGGAAUCUUCUGGAGAGAGCCGCAUCGACAAGAUGCGGAAAUUUCUCAGCUCACCUUUGAUGAGGAAAAAGCCGUCUGUGUUACACUUGAAGACGUUCGGCACACCACUUGACAUCCUCUUGCAAAAGACCCCGUCUGAUCAUUCUGUACCUUUCAUUAUCACAAGGUUAUGUCAGUACAUUCAGAAAACAGGCCUGAGCCACGAGGGGCUAUUCCGCAUCAGUGGCAACGCUCGAUCCGUGGAACGUCUCAGAGUUUCUUUCGAUCGCUCCGGAGAUGCCCCCCUGGAGACCGAAGGGGAUGUUCCAUCGGCAGCCGCCCUGCUCAAGCUCUUCCUCAGGGAACUCCCAGACCCCAUUAUCCCCCUGGCCAUGCACUGCCAGUUCCUUGAGGCCGUCAAAGACAAAGAUCGAGCCGAGAGCAUACCUUCCCUCUCGGAACUGGUCGAGAAAUUGCCUGCUAUCAACUAUAAUAUCCUCAGCUAUCUGUCGUGUUUUUUGAAGCAAGUCUCAGAGAUGGAAGAACAGAACCGAAUGAGUGCCUCAUCACUGGGAAUUGUUUUCGGUCCCAAUUUAUUCAGAGUAACUGAGGAUUUUGUUGGACUGAAAGAGCAGUCCCUCACAAAUCAGAUCGUUACUUACUUCAUCACCGACUACGAAGAUAUAUUCAAGAAGGAAAUAGGAGACAUUUUCCCAUCAUCCUGCCUUUCACAGAGCAUGAUAAACAGCACAAACCAUCAGGUGACAUCAAUGGUAUCCUCAUGGCCUGAGGUGAAACGUUCAGCUUCAAAGUUGUCAACUUGGAGCCUUGGGCCUAUAUCCGCUCAGAUGGCAGCUGUUAAUGACUCAUAUUUACCUCUUUGUGCUUCUACAAGCUCUGUUGAAGAGGACAAAGUACAAAUGCUAUCCAGUGAGCAGGAAGUAGUUUUUGCUACUGUUAAUCAUUUUAGUUGUUCAGAGCAGGAAUCAAGUAUAGAAUUUUCAUCCAUUUCACCUGAAAAUGUGUCAUUUGAAAUUUGUGCCACAAGUUCUCCAGUAUUAUCUCAAAGUUUUGGGAAAAAAAGCGCAACUUUUGCCAAAGAUUCUGGUUUUCAGGAUGGUUCUAUUGCUGAUGUAGAACAAUCAUUUUCGCAUUUUUCUAUGACAGACACGAAUACACAUGCAGAAUCUUCUACUAGCUACGUAGAUACUGAUAGAAAAUCCUCAUCUUUUAAUGGCAGGAAUCAUCAUUCACAUGAAACCAGUAUUAUCAUUAAAAAAGAAAUAACUCAUAAUGGAGAAGAAUCAUCACCAAAAACAUCAUCUGAAAGAUUUUGUGCUUCUCAAGAAAUUCCUGAAUUCAUGAAAGAAACACAUAAAAGCUAUCCUCGUGGUCGGCGUAGGCAUGUUCGUCACCACAAGAACAAGGAUCUGGCUUUCGACGAGAGGCGAUCAAAAUCAGAACUGAGAUCCGGGAGUCAUCACGCUGGGGAGGACUGUAACGGAAAUGACUCCAUGCUUUCUGAAACUUCUAAAAAUGAACUACAGUAUUCUUCAACUGGAACUUUAGAUGAGAGUAGUUCCGAUUUAAGACACAGCUGGCCAGCAUUUCGGAAAGCACAUGAAGACGAUAUUGCAUUGUCGCCUCUGCCUCAACAGCUUGGGCUGAAUCAAUGUUCCGAAGUAUCUGUUUCUCCGAGCGCAUUCCGCAGCUAUUUAUCUCACAGGAACUUACAUUUAGAUCCUAGUUUACCUCCUUCACCUCCAGUGGAGCAAGAGGAUAUUGUGGUUGGGGGUGCACAUGAGGCUCCAACAUCUAAUGCCAAACAACUCUCCAGAAAAGUUCAUGAUAAUGCAGCAUAA